GAUCUUUUCUUUGAGGAAACCCUAUCUUCCUCCUUCUUUGGCCUCGUCUUUCUCUAUCUUCGAAUCCAUAAGCUUAAUCUCGUUUCUUUCUCCUUCUUCUUUCCAGAAUUGCUGUACUUUGCUUUUAUUUAAGCAAUUUAGUAAAUUUAUACAAAUUUUGACAUAAAAAUGUCUAGCGCUUUGGAUAUGUCUCUCGAUGAUAUCAUCAAGAACAAUAAAAAGUCCGGAUCCGGUAACGCCCGAGGCCGCGGCCGGCCUUCCGGACCUGGACCUGCUCGCCGUUUGGCCAACCGUGGCGCUAAUCGAGCUGCGCCGUAUACCGCCAGUAAGGCGCCUGAAACGACGUGGCAGCACGACAUGUUUACGGAUCAGGGUAUGGCGUACGGGCAAGCAGGCCGGGCUUCCGCUAUAGAGACCGGAACGAAGCUUUACAUUUCUAAUCUAGAUUAUGGUGUCUCAAAUGAAGAUAUUAAGGAAUUGUUUUCGGAAGUUGGUGAUUUGAAGCGGUACUCAAUCCAUUAUGAUAGGAGUGGGAGAUCGAAGGGAACAGCAGAAGUAGUCUUCUCUCGGCGAACAGAUGCCUUGGCUGCUGUUAAGAGAUAUAACAAUGUUCAGCUUGAUGGGAAACCGAUGAAGAUAGAGAUUGUGGGAACAAAUAUUGCUACUCCUGCUGCACCUCCUGCUAAUAACGUUUCUUUUGGAAAUUCAAAUGGAGUUCCUAGAGGGGGACAAGGAAGAGGUGGCACCACUGGACGGCCACGCGGUGGUGGUGGCCGUGGAUUUGGAAGGGGUCGUGGACGUGGAAGGGGUCGUGGUGAGAAAGUAUCUGCAGAAGAUCUUGAUGCUGAUCUGGAGAAGUAUCAUUCAGAAGCAAUGCAGACGAAUUAAAGGAUCUCCUUCUGCCUUUUUGGUUGGUCGUACACCUUCCUUUUGUGGGCUUUUAUGUGCUUGAUGAUGGAACAACUGCGACUAUGUUCUGUAACUUUAUCAAGUCUUUAGGAAUUACAGAAAUACUCAGAGAGAAACUGUUAGUAUCUUUAUUUUUGAGUUUGGGCUUUUAUUAUGGAAUGUUCCUUGACUUGGGUAUUAAAUAUGUGGGGUUAAUGGACAGCUGUCAGUAUGUAAUUGCACUCAUGCUUUUGGUUUGUUA